AGAUGGUCAUCGCUCUCAAAGGCAAGACAAAAGUCAGCAUGUAGGGGUACACAGGCGGAGGUUUCCCACUUUCCAAUUCCGAGUCAAAAACAGCGGUUCAUUUUCAUUUGCAAACGAAUUGUGUGAGACGUGGGAAAUGCUUGACCUUCAUGGCUGUACAGCUCCAGUGCAACAACACAUCAAACCCUCUCUGUGAUGAAGAGGGAUCAGGUCAACUGGCCGUUAUCCUCAUACCCUCCCUCCUGGCUCUCAGCACGGCCAUGGUUGUUUCUUUGAUACUGUGGAGCUUCUUGUAUAAGAGAUCAAAGUGUCGGGAAACCACUGCCUGUGCUCAAAGCAGAACUGGCCAGGAGGCUUUGUCCUUCAGCACUGUUUCAGGGACACUGUUUCCUGGGCAGGAAGCCUUGGGCUCAUGGGAGAUCCCUGAUCACUGUGUUCUGGAGAAGGUGGAGUUCCUACGGCUGGGACGUUAUGGACCUGUUUGCAAAGGCCUGCUGAGAAGACACGGCAUCUCCGUUGCUGUUCUCAUUAAGACACUUAGAGAUUGCUCAAACCAGCAAGAGGCUAAAGAGUUUGUGGCCUUAGCCCACUUUUAUGCAACAGUGUGUAAACAUGAGAACCUGGUGCAAAUCCUUUACUGCCAGACACAGCGAGUGCCCAUGUAUAUGGUUUUGGAGGCCUACAGCCCAGGAAACCUCCUGCAUUUUCUCUGGAGUUUGCGAAAUGAGGAAUCUGGGAUGUUGAAUGAUUUACAGCCCUUUUCAGAGAAGUCUGUGUAUUUUGUUGCUAGGCAAAUUGUGUCUGGUCUGGACUAUUUGCUGUCAGAACAUAGGCUGAUACACGGCAAUGUAGCUGCCAGAAACAUCCUGAUUGGACCAGGCCUCAGUGUGAAAGUCUCUGGGUUGGAUGUGGCAUUUGAAACCCGGCAGAGGGGCAAGGCGGUGAAGCAGUUGGCAGCCAAGGUGCCCCUUAAAUGGCAGGCACCAGAGAGAAUUAUGCGGCGUUCUAUGACGGACAGAAGUGAUGUUUGGUCUUUUGGAAUCCUCCUCUAUGAACUCAUUACCUUAGGCUCCCCCCCAUACCCAGAUCUGGAGCCACUAGAUGUGUUUCCCCAACUUCAGAAAGCUUAUCGAAUGAAAAGACCCCCAGACUGCGGUGUGCCCCUAUAUGACCUUAUGAAGUACUGUUGGAUGUGGAACUUCAAAGACAGGCCUGUCUUCUCUACCGUUGUCAAACUGCUGGAGUCAUACGCGUACUUGGCUGAGACAAAACCCCUCCGUGCAAUGGAUCACAUGGAUGUAUCAGAGUAUGAAAAGAAAGCAGGACUUUCUCCCUUAACAUCCGACUGACUGUGGUAUAUUCAGCAUAGAUUUUUCAGCAUACACUCAGAUGACAUACCCUCAGUGGAAACAUGAAUAUAGAUAUGACAUUGUCCACAUUGUCUAGAGAUCAGUCUAAGCCUUGAGGUAUUUUUAAAGCAUUUUUCUUUAACAAACUUCUUUGAGUCUUCUGUCAAAAUAGCAAGAAUGGAAAUAUCUAUCUCUCUCUCUCUCUCUCUCU